CUGCUAAUGGUCUUUGUGUGAAGGCGGGGAGCAGUUGGCUCGGUUAGUCUGCUGAUUAGCAACAAACAGAAGGUUACGAGUUAGAAAAAUUGGAUUAUUUGACCACUAGCCUGUCUUAGCGGCAACAAGAGAGGGGCGAACUAUGUCGGGUGCCUAAUCGGAGCAUGUUGGCUCGCUUCCGAGGGCAACUGGCGGUUAUUUGGGAUAUUUCGAGACGUUCGCGGCGACAACCUCGCUUUUAGGUCGUUCUAGUGGCGAUGCUUAGCUGAUAGCUGCGUCAUCAUGUUGCUUCCGACUCGAGUUGGCGAAAAGAAACCACAAGUUAAUGCCAGAGGUGAGGCCGCCUGCCAUCAUUCAGCCCUGGAGGCCACUCCCGACCCUUAAAAUACAUGGAAGACAAACUGUCGGUGAGAGAUUGGCGGUGAAGCCUGUUUUCGUGAUCGUUGUGGUGACUUUACAUCACUUGGCUCGGCGUAGUUGGCGCGAUACUCUGCUGGCUGCAUUUAUUAUCUACACUUGGAUGGACAAAUAUUUCUGUUGAUGUUGCCCAACGUUACAAACCGGAAAAUUGUUCAAAGAUUUUUAAGGAAGAUGUCAAAUAUAUUUAUAACAGAUUGAAACUACUGAUUGGUCGGGAUGUUUGACACAGUUGUUGGGAUAGUGAGAAGUGAUGCUUCCAUUGACAGCUAGGAUACAAAGCAGGAGCAUCCAGCAAAAGGCUGCUGAUUCCCAUAUGACUUUUUUCCGUUUGUGGAGAUGAAACAUGCUUUUGUAAGCCGCAGUGAGAGACGCUACUGUUCAUUUUCCCUAGUUUAAUGUGUAGUAUGUUACUGCUGAUUUAGUCAGGUUUUGGGGUUUUCAGAGUGUUCGUUGGGUUGAUGGUGUGUGAUCUGUCAUCACAUCCACGUGGACUUUGUUUCGGGUCGGUGGGUAAAGUUUGACUCAACCCCAGGGACUGACAGCUGAACAGAAAAAAAUCUAAGUUUUACAGAAAAAGUAAGCUCAUACUGGACAAAGUUGCAUCUUAAUAACAGGAUAUAAAAACCUGUGAAAAUGGCCGGCGACUGCACCCACAUCAACGCUCAUUACGCGAGCGCAGAGAUGUUUUGUCCAUCCAAAUCCUGGUCGGAUGGAGACCGAGAGCGACCUGGGGAGACCGUGUCUGUCGGGAACUCCACUGGGCGUGGAUCUCCCGCAUCUUGGUCGCCCAACUUUGAGACGAUAGAUGGGCUGCUGUAUCGCAAGAAGCUGGAGAAGGGCUACAUCAACUAUAGAGAGGUUUUGAGCGAAAAGCGAAGACAUGAAGCCAUCUCCACCUUCCACAGGCGGCGACCUGACCAGCGCCACCUCUCCCUGGAAGAAACGUAUAAAUAUGUUGCUGAAAACUACUGGUGGGAGGGAAUGUACUUCCAUAUCAGAGACUUUGUCCUCAGCUGUCCAGACUGUCAGAGUCAGCACAGUAAGAAAUCAGAGAAGCUGGAUGGCAGAGAAUGUGUCACAAAGACGAUGGCGUCACACAGCUCUGACAUACUGAGCAAGCUGAGGAGUCAACGGGAGGCAGGGUUGUUCUGUGACAUUACCCUGCGGACGAAUGGGCGAUCCUUCUCGGCCCACAGAGCCGUUCUGGCAGCCGUCAGUGAUCACUUUCAGGAAAUCUUCACUGAAAUGGACUCGAACAAGAAAGCAGACAUAGAUCUUACUGGUUUCAGUGAGGAUAGUCUUCUGUCUCUGCUGGACUUCUCCUAUUCCUCCACUCUGCGUGUUCGUCAGGAGGACCUAUCUGAAGUCUGUGCCAUGGCCCGCCAUCUGGGCAUGUGGCCUGCAGUAGAAGCCUGCUCUGCCCUCAUUAAAGAACAGGGACAUCAACUUCAUUCUGGCAAGAACUUUACCACAGCUUACGCUGGUGCAUACCCAUCCCAUCAUCAACAGAGGGAAGGAGUUUUAGGAUUAAGUAGCAUGAAUGAUAAUUUUUGCCUAGCGCUGGAUUCAUCAGACGAGUCUAUACAAGAAAGUCCCAGACGCAAUUUGUGCAGAAUGCCAAUUUCCCAAAGCCAUAACAGCCUCCCUCUGAGUCCCUCACACAGAAUGAAGCUCAUGGACUUCAAAUCUCCCUCCUCAAAGAAGGCCACUACACCCCGUCAUGCCAUAGCUACUUCUCAGCCACGGAAUUACCCAACCAUAUCACCAUCACACACCCGAAUUCUCCGCUCCUCUCCUGGAGCAGCCAAGGAAGUUCAGAGAUUUCUGCCAAUGUCAGAGACUCCUAAAAGAAACAGAAAAACCCACUCUAUCACCCAGCUCUCAUGCACAUCAAGACCAAGGCCCGGCACUGCAUGCAGCCCAGUGAGAGUCAAACAGGAAGUAGAGGAUAUUGGAGAGGAUGAAGAAGAUUAUGCAAGAGCACAGGAGAAGUACAAGCUAAUGAAUGUUCUGGGGCUACAGAGGACUGCUCUCCUUCCCAGACCAGAAGAUCUGAUCGGCUGGAGACAAAAGAAACGACUUAGGAAGUUAAAGGCCAAUAACUACUCCCUGACUAAAAGGCGGAAACCCCGUUCAUCAGCCCCAGGACUGUCAUAUGGGGAUAUGACACUAUCACUUCCCCUUUGUAACCCUGUUAACAGUCGACUUCUCAACAAGUCAGUCAAGACGAAACCUGUGGGCUCGGUCAGCACAGAGCAGAUUACUGCUAAGAGGCGAAAAAAUGUCAAGCAACAUGCUCCUCCAACUGACAGGAGCAUGCGGAGUAAAGUGGUGUUACCAGACCUGUUUCAGUCUACUUCCAGGCCUGCCUUUGGUGGAAGGGAACUCAGACGCUCUGUAAGAAUGGGUGAUGGGGGCCACGUUCAUGUCCAGCAGCCACGGCGACGCAGCACCAUCAAGGCUCUUGUGAGAAACAAAGUCAGGAUCAAAGCAGAAUCAGUUGAAUACUCUAUCUCAGGUGUCAGGCUUUCAUCAGACAGUAACCAUGGCCACAUACCUCUCAAACCCUUACCUUCAGAGAGGGCACAGACCAGGAAUAAAGGCACUGUAGAAACGGGGAAAACACUGCGUUAUAACAGCAGCCGACCAGCCACAAAAGCCAAACUCAGGCAAGGCUCCACAAAGGAGGUGUACAAGACAAAGUGUAAUUCAAGAGAGGCAGAAAGAAAGCUGGGGAGCCAGGGUCUGAAGGGGGUUAUGAGCACUAGACCAAAAGUAAAGGACACUGAACCUAAUGGGUUCCAGUUGUCAGGGCAUGCAACUCCACCGUCCUUUUACAACCAUCCUUUGUACAAAGCCAUUAAAGAGGAGCCAGCAGAUCCUGUGCCGGUUGUCGGACCUUUCCCUGAUCCUCCCUCACCAGACCUGGGAAAACGCCAGAGCAAGCCUCCCAUCAAACUCCUGGACUCAGGAUUUUUGUUUAGCUUCUGUCGGCCAGCAGGGGGGCCCAUGGUAGGACUGAAGAAAGAAGAGGAUAGCGUGGAUAUCUGCUUAACACGCUCUGUGUCACAAGUCGGAGAAAGAUUUGAGGCAAAAGAGCCUCCUCACAGGACAUUGAGAGCUAGAGGGCCACCUGUCCUGCCUGUGGUAAAGAGAGAGAGAAAAGGGAGGAGAGGGACUCAAGACCAGGCUAGGACACUCAGGAAAAACUCCAAAAACACUGCUUUGCAUCUGGCUAAAUGUGCUGGGUCAAAAACUACUGGGACCGUGCCAAAGCAACAAGGUAAAGUCAUUGCUCUGAACAGCAGGAGCUGUGUCAUGCUGGAUGCCAUACGUCGAGCACGCCUAAAGCAGCUUCGAGGACCUCGUAGUCAAGCACCUAAAGUACCAAAGGCUGCCCACACCUGUCUGCAGUGCCCAGCCGCCUACAAGGAUUGUGAUGCUCUAAUUAUGCAUCGCCUCAGGCACAUUGAAGGAAAGCACUGGCCCUGUCCGCUCUGCAGCAAGACGUUCUUUCGACUUAGGAAUGUAAGGAAUCACAUCCGCACCCACGACCCCAAGUUGUACAAAUGCCGGAGCUGCAUUGCUGCUGGUUCUUGAUGCGCCUGCUCAAGCACUGACACUGAGGACGAAGGCUGUCAGCGUCUCAUCACCAGCGAACAGGCUGAAGCCAGAAGCACACGAUCGAUCAGCAGCUUGUACAUAUUGUAUCCGUCACACUCGAGCACAACGGUCUGCAGAAAGGCAUAACUCCUCUAGAUCCUGAUCAUUGCCAAUGAUUGCUAAUAUUAUUUAAAUAACCAAACCAAGGUUGCCGUUCCUGUUUCCUUUUCAGUAGCUACAGAAGGUUAAACUUGAACAUUACACUCAGGGGUCGGGGAAUGUGAUGCCACAAUAUAAAGUGAUUCAACAUAAUGGUUAUGUACAAAAUUAAAUGUAAAGUGAUUGUUACAGCUAUUACUUAUACUUAUUACCUUUAUUUUUCUAUGUAUAGAUGAAUGUUGAGUGCACUUAUAUCAUAGCUUACGUUUUAAACCUAAGAAACUGUAAUGAAAUUGAAGGUUUAGAGUCCGAGGUGGGAAUACUUGAAGUGAUGCAAGCGCUGGAAGGAAUACUUGAAGCUGGAAGCAUAGCAGUCAUGAGAGCGAGCCUGUCCUUUAGGUGCGUCAGUGGGUCCUUGUCCUUUGGUGUGCUAACUUUUAAAUGGCUUGACUAGUCUUUUCAUAUUGAUCUGCUGGUGACACCGCUGCAUGUGUAUUUGCAGGUUAUUUGUAGUUCAAUGUCUUUUCUAAGGCUUCCAGUUUUAAAAAGGGAAACGUGUCUCGUUUUUAAUGUGAAUUUCUUAAUAGUUAAGAUGACUGCAUCACAACAGAUGUUUCAUUAAUCUUUCCUUCCUCUUUAAUGCAAGACAUCUUCUUGCACUGAUAAAAAAUUCUCCUACUGAGUAAAUGCUAUGUGCACAUACAGAGAUGUUUAAGUAUCACAAGUUGAUUUUAGAAACAAACUGUCCCUUGCUCUGUUAAAAGAUUGAAUAAAUUUUUGCCUUUUA